AAUUAUGAUUUUUCUUGACAAGUCACUUUUUAGGUUAUGAAUCUGUUAUUUUAUUUCCAUAUGUUUAUUUUUUAAAUAAUUUCCUGGCAAGUUUAACCAUGGACGAACAGAAUAUUCCAAUUGACAUAAAUACCACAAAAUUAUUGGACUGGUUAAUAAGUAGAAGGCAUAUCAGCAAGGAUUGGCAGAAUGACAUCUUGAAGAUACGCGAAAAGAUUAAUAACGCCAUUCAGGACAUGCCCGAGCAUCAGGGCGUCAUCGAGCUACUUUCCGGGCAGCACAUCAAUUACUUUCACUGUCUAAAAAUCAUCGAGAUUCUCAAGGAAACGGAGGCAGACACGAAGAACUUGUUCGGGCGGUAUGGCUCGCAGCGUAUGAAAGAUUGGAAGGACAUUGUACAGAUGUACGAGAAGAAUUCAUUGUACUUAGCCGAGGCCGCUCAGGUCUUGAUACGUAACUCGAACUUCGAGGUGCCCAGUUUGCGCAAGCAGGUAACCAAACUCGAACAGGUGCAAGCCGAGUGCGAGAAGAAGAUUAAGGAGUUAGGCAAAACCGAAACGUUCACCCUAGGCGAAUUUAACGCGUCCUGUAAGCAGUUGGGUAUCGCAGGGAAGAACAUUAAAAAAGAGCUGACGACUCUACUGAACGACUUGCCGGAAAUCUACGAGAGGGCUGCUAAGAAGACGAAGUCGCUUACGCCUACGUUAACACUUCACAACGCCUAUUUACAGUAUCACGGUUACGGAGACGUGCAUUCCAACGCGUUACCCGUUCUCAGCUAUGUUAUCGAAAAGGGGAACACGACGACCUACGAGUACACUUACGGGGAGAAGCCGAUUUCGAUCGAGCUUCCUGAUGUGAAGCUUGAGAUUGACGAGGAGCCUAAAGUUAUGGAGACCAUAGACUUCGGUGAUGAAAUCGACUUCGAUAUCAGCCCGGAGAAAAGCGAAAUUGACUGGGGUACCCUGAGCAGUACCGACGACGGCUUCGAAAUCGUGGAUCACACGGACCUCGACGCCAACAUGGACGACACCGGAAUUGUGGUCGAAAAAUCCGGUAUCGACGGCGGAAUAGCGCGCGGCCACCAGGCGUUCACGCUUCUCGACAAUCCGAAGACGCGCGACCAAUUCUUAAAUGAUCUGAUGGAACUGGAAGCCUUCCUAUUGCUCCGAAUGUACGAGAAGUCGAACGAGUCGGAGGACGUCCUCGACAUUUCGCAGAUGCAAGAUCUGCCCUCCGAAUUUCAAAUGCAGACAGUGGAAUCGCUGACGUCGAUGCUCGAGUGCAUCAGAGGCGUUCUGAACGAGGUCACGUCCAAACGGACGCAGCAUUUGCAUAACGUGAAACAUUUCCCGAAAUACAUAGACAUGCUUACGGAUAGUUUGUUGCAAAAGUUGUCGUCGGUGGAUCGUAUCAGGGAUACCAAGGGUGUUUUAGAGGGAAAGAUUAAGGAUGCGAGAAGUCAAACGGAGCAAAUGUUGCCAAUUAUCGAUACGGUUAUUAGGAAUACAAAAAUGUUGCAGGAGCAGGUUGCGGAUGAUAUAUCCAAGAAAUAUAAGGGUAGAAUUGUAAAUAUUAUCGGAAGCGUUAACAUGUUAUAACUUAAUCUUGCAAAUAUAUGUAUAUAAAUGUUGAGGAA